GUAUUUUUACAAGAUCCUUAACCUAAUAAUAUAACCUAAUUCUAAUCUGUUGUAGGUGAUUUUUCGUAGCUACAAGAGUAAAUAAUAAAAUAUGUCAUUGAAUUUCUCAUUCGCGUGAAACGAUUUGAUAAAGCAUCGCGAUAUGUCUAUCAAGCUUUUUCGCUGUCUCGUUAAUGAUCUUUUAAUUCCGAAAAAUCAACAUGUUCGUCAUGGUCAUCGACUACGUGGGAAACCACCGACGAUGGCUCGUACUUUACAGCAACGUCUCGAGAAAAUCCGACUCAGUCGAGAAGAUCCGACAUUGGAUUUUAAGGUGAACAUUGGCUUUUCCGUAUCUAGAGUCACCAGACGAAUGAUAACGAACGCCUGGUCGAGCGAGAUCAUCGCGCUUAGAAAAAAUCCUGAGCUGGAAAGAGCUUCGCGUACUAGGCAACUAUUGAUAGAUCUACAAAAAGUGCGACAGGACUGGCUACAAAUGGAUGGCCCUUUUCAUAUUCAUAGAAUAGCGGAGCACUAUGAUGUUUACAAACAUCUGUACGGAGAUGCUUACUUCAUGCCAAUUGUUCCGUUAGACAUAAGCUAUGAGCUGAAAGAUGAUAAAUUGGCAAGAGCUUACAAUGGUAAUGUGAUCAAGCCAAGCGAAGCUUCCAAUGCACCUAAUGUGGAGUAUAAUGCAGAAGACGGAUCAUUGUGGACUCUGAUAAUGACUACACCAGAUGGCAAUUUGACGAGCGCAGACAAUGAAUAUUGUCAUUGGUUUAUUGGCAACAUUCCUGGGAAUCGUGUGAAAGAAGGAGAAGAAUUGGUAGAUUAUAUGAGACCAAUAGCACCAUAUGGAAUUGGAUACUGUAGAUAUAUCUUUGUAUUGUACAAACAAGACUGUCACAUAGAUUUCUCAGAAUAUAAAAGAACAAAGCCCUGUUUAAAUUUGGAGGAACGUAACUGGAAAACGCUGGAAUUUUACAGAAAAUAUCAGGAUCAAAUGACGCCUGCUGGUUUAGUAUUUUUUCAAUCAGAUUGGGACUCUUCCCUCAAGGAAUUCUAUUACAACACAUUAAAAGCAAAAUUGCCAAUAUUUCAAUAUGAUUUUCCUAAACCAUUCAUUAAAAAACAGGUAUGGUUUCCCUUAAAAGAACCUUUUAAUCUCUAUUUGGACAAGUAUCGCGAUCCCAAGGAGAUAAAGAAGGAGUUUUUAUUGAGAAAAUUGAAGAAAGUUCAUCCUUUUAAUGGUCCGGAGCCACCAUUGAAAUUCCCAUUGGCUCAUCGCUCCAAUAAAUAUAGGCCUUCCUGGUUGAGGUUUGAAAUAACAAAGAAGGGGAGGAAACAAGGUCGUGUUAAUGAUAUCAACGAAUAUUAGAUUUUUUUAAAAAGAUGGGUCUCUAUAAUUUGCUUGCUUUGAAGUUUGAUAUCUGCCCGCGUCGGAAUAGUAACAUCGACCAUCUCAUGUUCAACCAAUAAUCCUGUAAAAUCAUAUGAUUUGUACAAAGUUCAUCAAUAAGAGAUUAUUGGUAUGUUAGACAAAAAUGUAUAAAAUAUACAAUAAUAGUAAUAUUUA